GUCGACCGAGAACGAGAAUCAUACGAGAAACGAGAAUCGAGAAUCUCAUAAAAGCGGCAAAGUUGUUUGGAAAACUAAAAAGCUGUUUCUUGAUUCGACAGACAAGUUGUUUCUUGGUUCUUGACCAACUUCCAGACAUUUUUUUUGGUUAAGUAAGCUAACAUAUUUCUAGUAAAUACAAUAUCAACAAUCACUAUUGAAAGUAUCCGUUUUUAAAUUCUACAGUGAAGCAAAAUUGUUGAGAAUAAAUCAGCAGUUCCAGACUUUCACUUUGAUUUAAGCAAACUUAAGGCCCAUCUAAAAUGCCGCCCAAAUCAAAUAAAUCUAGAAAUGCGUUUUACUACUUUAUGGAGGAUUUUAAACAAAGACAAGGAUUUGCUUGUAAAUCGAUGAAGGAUGUAGCAGAUGCUGCAGGUCCCCAUUGGGCUAGGAUGUCUAAAGCAGAAAGAAGACCUUAUGAAGAGAGGGCAAACAAAGAGAAGGGAGGUUUGAGAUAUACUUGGGAUGGUCAAUGCGUUGAAGAUAUAGAAAGGAGGAACAAAGCUGAAGACAAUAAAAUUGCUAAGAUGAAAGAUGAUAUCGACUGCACCUUGAAAUUUGCCAAAGAAAAUUGUCGACUCCGAGAUGAAAUGUUCUUCAUAAUCCAUAUCAAUACUUUCUGUUACCAUGCCAGUGGUGAUCGGUAUUAUCCCGCUGAAAUUGCCAUUUCAUGCUUCAGCUUGGAGGAUGGCGUUUUGCCUCAAAAUGUGUUUCAUAAAAUUAUUAAGCCAGGUAGACUACCACUGGGGUAUGCUAGUGACGCAAAAAAGCAAUCUGAAGAUUCACAUCAACUGCCUAUCCCCUUAACUGGUGACGACGACGACAAUGUGGAAGAAGUUUAUACAGAGAUGAAAGAAUUUAUAUUAUCUAAAACCGGAGAUACUAAGAAAUUCCCUCCCUUGUAUGCUAAGAAAGAUAUUGUUAAAAUGUUGCAACAUGUGUUAGACACUUGGUGCGCUGAUUUUGAUGAGCCGCCAUUAUUUAAAGUUUAUUAUUUACAAUAUAUGUUUCAAGUAUUAAAAAACUCGGUAGCUAACGAUAACGUAUGGCCCUUAUAUUCAAUGGCAGAAACGGAACUGGAUAAGGAUCUUUAUUCCCAUACUGUUGGAAUAUGUUGUGAAUUCCAUUCUGUUAGUGAAGCUUGUCAAUUUUGCAGCAAGUCAGUGGCAGUACGACUUGCAUACACAAUUUGUGAUAAUUGCUGUUCGUUCCUAGAUAUUCCUAUAGAGCCUGGAAGACACGUACCUGAUCAAGCUUUUACAGCAUCCAGUUUGAGCUCAAGAGCUUCAUCAAAAGCUAGUUUGUAUACAGGUUCCAGUAAAUCUUCUAAGAAGCAGUCAGUUCGUGAAGAUGACAAAGACACUGUUUUAUCGUUUUCUAGUGCCUCUCAAUGGGAGAGCGAAUCUGUAGUGUCAGACUCCUCUACAGCUACUUUCAAUAAUAGCUUUCCAGGUCUGAAAUCGAAAUGGACAUUAAGCAAUUCUCAACCUGUAGAAACUGACUCAAUGAGCCAAAUGUCAGGUCAGAGCUAUGCAAGUGCUAUGGGAACUAGAAGACAGUUUUCUAGUGCAAUGGGAAAUAGAGGAUCUCAAAGAGAGUCCUCUAACAAUUCCAACAAUGGUGACACUAGUGAUUCGAAUACCGAUUAUUUUAACAGUCAAUCAUUUCCGGCUCUUGGAAGGGGAAGAGGUAUGGCCAGAAAUCGAAGAAAUUGAUCAUUUUUGACUGCAAUGGGUCUUGUUCCACUUCAUGAGAUUGUUAAAUGAGUAUGUAACUGAUUACAUUAGGCGACAAUAUUUUUUUUAGUGUCAGAUUAUUUGAUGUAAUUGUCCUUUUGACAAUUCUUUAAUCAUUGAUGUUUUCUUCUAUUGUGGUGUUUUUAGAUGUCAUAUUUUUAUGUAUGUAAAUUGGUUUUUUAUCUAAGUAUAGAAUAUUACAUUUUAGUUUAAUAAGAUACCAGUAAAGUAUAUUGGUUUACCAGUCGCCUAAUGUAAACUAGUAUAUACAUACCUAUAUUAUUUUUCUUUAAUAGUUUUAAGUAAAUUUUGAUACAGAUCACGAGACAGAUAUUUUUUCCGUCUAGUCCGAAUUGCGUUCCGUUUCUUGGGCCUUGUCGAAUUGCGUCCCAAAUAUUUUGCUUACCUGGCCACCGAUAACGUCUAGUCCGAAUUGCGUUUCAUUUCUUAAUUAGCCAACCCAAUUGCGGUCAGAGGAUAGCUUAAUAAAUAUUAGUUAAGCAGGGAAAUACAAUCAACGUAAUAUCAACUAACAGUUUAUUUUUAUUUUAGCACCGAAUUUAUAACUAACACAUUUAACGAAAUUGUAUCUUGAAAUUUCACCCCUGUUAUACUGGUUAAUUUUCUGUUCGAGAAAAAUAUAUUUGCUGGAGGUAGCUUUAUCUACAUUUCUAGAAAUAUUUUGUUUAACAGAAUUUAUUUUUAUAUAAGAAUCGGUUUGAAUGCGCUUUAAUGUUUCAACAAACAAAAAAAUAUUAGGAUGUGGAGACAAACAAUAAUUUUUAAAUUUUGAAUGAAAUCACUCACAAGAAUUAGUUGUUCUAUAUAUAGAUGCGCUAUUCUUUGCCCAAAUUUGUGGAGGAAAUGUGUAGUCCUCUUCGAUAUACCUUUCAACUAGAUAGUUUGCAAAUGCGUCAACUCGAUGAUCAUCUGGUUUUUCAGGCAUAAAAUCUUCCACAAAACAAUCUCCAACUUGGCUCGGAGGAAGAUACAUUAGGCCAAAAAUAUGCUUCAGCCAUUUACCUAUUUCUGAGUUCUCGUUCUUAUACUCAGAACUCAACCCCAUAUUUUGUACUUUACGCCACCUGUAACAAGAUUAUAGAAUAACUUCUUUAUUUCAGAAAGUACUUCCAUUCAAGAAAAAGUUUGAAACAGGUCAAAUUUUAUAAAAAAAAAUACAUCUUUAAAAAAUAAUGAGAAUAUUUAGGAGCCAAUUUUUUGACAGAGGUUAUGACGACAUCUUUUUUUUAUGUCAAAAAUUUGAAGAUAUUUUACCUACAAUUCUUGUUUUAACUUAUAUCAAAUGCUGUUUUUUGUAAAAAAAAAUUGAAAAAAGAAAUUACAGUGAAGUUUGAAAUAAACAUAUUGAAAUGUUUAGUUUUACAGCAAAAAAAAUAGGAUGACGUCAUAACUCAAGUUUUUCUCAACAAUCUACUAUUUGCCAGUUACAUUCCUAUACGUAUUACUUACCAAGCUUGAGCAAGAUGAAAUCGAUAACCAACAACAUUUGCUUCCGGAAAAACUUCUCGCACGCUGGAGUGGAUACCUAAUUCGUAAUCAAUCACUAUUUUCGUUGGAUUUAAAUUGCAUCCCAAAUCUUGACAUUUUUUCUUUAAUAAUUCGAAUAAUGAUUUGUAAGUGAAUUUUUGCUUAUUAGGUAACAAACAAAAUGCAACCGGAACAUAAGUGUCAUUAAUCAAUGUAUGUAAUGUAAACAUUUAAAAAAAAAUUGUGCAAUAAUCGAAUGUUCCAUCCAUAAAUAAAGUGGAAUUGUUACACAUAAAUGAAAGAUUAGACAUUCAUGAAAAAACAAAAAUAUUAAACUGUUCAUCAUUAAUCAACAAAAACUGUUCAUUUUUGAUAGUAAAUAUUUCAAUUUGUUCCAAAAAUUCUUGAACAUCCUUGGCUGAUUUUGGCAAUUUUGGAACCGUUUUCAAUCGCGUGCGAUUAAUGUUCUUUUUUUAUGUAUUGGACAUCUUUUGUUGACAGAGAGGUAAGUACUUCGCUUUGCUUUUCGAUUUCCUUGUGUAACAACUUCGCAGGUCGUUCCGCAAUAUCUUCUGUUGCUUUUCUUUUAAGAGAAUUGUUAACUUUCUGGCGAAUUAAUACUUCUUCAGCAAGCUCAUGAUUGUGUUCACUAACUUUUGAAAACACAUUAUUUAAUGUAUAUAGUUUUGCUUUACACUUUUUGAAGUUAUGUAUGACGUUUAGUUGCUAAUCUUUCAAAUUAUGUAUCGGCGCAAAUAUGCCAUUAAAAUAAUAUAUUAGUGUUUUUUAGUAAAUGUAUUAUUUAUUAUAAUUUUGUGUCUUUGGAUUUGUCUUCCUUGGGCGUAAAAUAAUAAAACAUCUAUUUUUAUAUUUCACUUGUCCCGUGAUGUGUAAUUAUGUAUAUCUGAAACGUCAGUAACUUGCGCCUUGAUGGCCUGGUUGUUAGAGCAUUGGACCAGAGAUCGAGAAAUCGCGAGAUUGCGGGUUCAAAUCCCGGACAAUUCAUACUUUUUUCUUUUUAAUAUUUGGCAUUGUUAAGUUUUGGUUAAUUUUUUGUAUUGUAACUGUUAAGUAUAUUUAUUUCGUUGAAAUUAUAUAAUAGAAGUAUAACUUCUUACGUGCGUACAAAGUACACACACAUUCUUUUUUUAUUUGUACAAUACCACACAGUUUCACCAAACUUUUUUAAUUCACGAAACUUACUAAAUUUGAAUUUUUGAAAAACUGUAAGUGGUUUUCCCCGUUCACUUAACAUCAUUUCAAAAUUCAUUGCGCGGUGCGAUUGUCUAAGUUCACUCUAUGUUUGGAAAUAAACUGCAAUUUUAAAAAUUCCACCCUAUCAAGUUAACCUCCACUUUCUCUUAUUUUUACUAAGAAACUAAUUAGGUAAACCCAGGUAAUACUGUGUAGGAUUAAAUUUUAUUGUUAGAAACGGAACGCAAUUGACCAUACAAAACACAUUAGCGAUAUUACCUGAAAAUCACUCAAAAUUUUGAACGCAAUUCGGUUACCUCCAUUUUUUCAAUUGUCCAUUAGUCAGAUUUAGACGUCUUAUCAUCUGAAAGAGGAAAUAUUAAUAAAGGUGAUAUUUUUUAAUUUCUAUGGUGCUAUCGCCACAUAUUCUCAUUAUUCGGAGAAUAAAAAUUUGUUGUUUGGAUAUUCUUUUUUCUAAGGAUUUCCAUGGAGAAAUUUUAAAUCGCCUGUUUUUUUCCAUGGAAAGAUAUAAACUGCAAAUUAUAGUUAUUUUAACAUUUUUCUAGUAUUAUAAGUGUUUUUGUUUUUAAUGUUUUCAUAUAGGAGAUUUUAAAUAUUCCUUGACAAACAAAUCGAUAUCGCACCUUCGCUCAAACAAUGUCACAAAUAAAAACAAAUUUAAAAACUGUUUUAUUGCACCAACAGUUUACUAAAACUACCAAUGUCUAUCUCAAAAGUGUUCCGUCUAUGGUUCAAGUAUUUGUCGUUAGAUGACACUAACGUCAUUAUAUCUCACACCUAGAUCUAAAGAGAGUUAAGUCAAAAAACACGGAAAACUGUUUUCGGUGUCCAUGUGCACUGCGGGAGUGUUUUGUUUUUAUGGUUUGCUUUAUUUAUACACCAGAAUUUAAUGUUGAAUACACAUUUUAAGGCUAAAAAUCGAUAAUUUUGAAUUAUUUUCCUUUUGCUUAUUAAUGUAUUUAUAUUUGUUAUACUAACUUGAGUUAAGCCUGUGUUGGUGAAUUAAGUUUGUAGUUGCCUCUCUUUUGAAGACGCAUUGUUUUCUUCGAAUAUGCUGUUUUAUUGCUUUAUUGCUCAAAUCAAGAGUUUAUUUGAAAAAUUCCUUGCAUAUUUGUAUUUUGGAUCCAUUAAUCUCAAAGUAAAAGGGAUUGUUGAGAGCUCUAAAAUUGUGUGUACUUAAGUACCGAUAUUUAGACUUUAUUUGUUGCGAGUGGCGUACUAAGAAUUCUUUUUGCUUUCCAAGAUCACUGAGUGCUAAAUAUUCAUCAUAGUCCUGUUGUCUUGACAUCUUGUCCACUUUAUCUUUGCAUUUUAGGCGACAUUUGUCUCCACAGGGUGGUCCAACCAUUCUUGCUAGAAUUAGUGUUUUAGAUUUUGACAGGGUAGUUUAUCUAUCUCAAUCUCAGUAGCAGUUUCUGGAACCAUAACACCUUCUGGGCCAACUUUGUCACUAUCAUCUUCGGUAUCCGAUGGACUGGAGCUGCUGCUGCUGGACCAAGUUACCGAUGAUGAUGAAGGUACGACCUUAGAUGGGUGCGCAUUUUAGUUUAACAAUUGCAAAUUAGGAUCUUUAUCUUAGUUGUCAAUAUCACUUUCAUCGCUCCAAAUAAGUGAAAUAUAAUAGUCCGGGGCUGCCGUUUAGAUGUGCUAGGGAUAGAUGUAUUAACCGGUGUCAAAACAACAUGACUUUCUUUGGAUGGAACUUUAUCACUUGAUGACAUCUUCAAGUUAUCUUCCACGGUUGCAUGUUGACUAGAAGUUAUAGGAGUGAUAUUUUAUUUAUACUGUUCUUCUACCAUACUUACUAAUAAUCGCCGGUGAUUCAUAGUUUUUUCUGAAAUAUACAAUGUUUAUUUUACUAACUUACAGAGUCAUGUGCCACGAAUCAAUUUAGAACGCCCACAAAAACAUUUUUAAUCUUUUUGGCUAUGUUGUAAAGAUAAAUUUGUCAGUAACCAUCUAAAGGGAUCCAACUUAAAAAAUUGGCAGGAACAAUAUUAAAGAGGAACAUAUUGUUAAUGGUAAGAUAAACAUUAAAGUGUACUACGACCUACAAACUCGAAUCGUCAAUUUCGAAAUAAGUUUAAUUUUGAUAAGAUUUUACAGAAAAAAGGAAGUAUCAAAUAUGACUCAGCAAAGCAGACACAACUACAAUAUCGAAAUGUUUCAAGAAUAGGGUAACAACUAAAAUUAAAAAUAAAAUCUUUACUUAUCUUGCCAGCGAUACAGGUUUAACUCUAAUUGUUGUAUCCUUGUAAUUAGCAGUAACCAUUUAAAAAGUGACAACUCAAAAUAAUACUGCUUCAAAUUUCAACUAAACAGGUAUGACUGAAAAUAACUCCAUACUUUUUACGGAGGACACUUGCACUCCGUUUGUAAUUCUGAUUGCAUCUAGCAUUGUUCCCAUUUAUGCACGGUGGGAUCUGGCUCGCUCGUUCAACAAAAGAGACUCUAGGUGCCAUCUACCGUUGAAUUUUGCACAUAUUUUUAAAUCUCUUUUAUUGAUCGAUAGGUAUUCGUACAGGGAAUUAAAUGGUAAGCUUAACUCAAUUUCACAUAUUUUUGACUUAACUCUCUUUAGAUCUAGGUGUGCGAUAUAGUUAACCAAGAUCAACGAUGAACCGAAAAUAAACAGUGUCACAUGUCGGCCUGUGCAAGGCAAUUUUUCGUCUAAGAUCUGAAUAAACCGUCGUUUGUCGAGUUAAGACAGUAUAUGUGAUUGCUUUAUUCAAAACCAUCUGUAAAUAUGCUCAAGAAAAGUGACACCAUUAUUUUUCUUUUUGCAGUAUUUUUUAUUUAAUUUUGUUACUUAUAUAAUUUAAAGUUAGAUCAUUAAAAAGUAUAAGUCUGUAUACCCUGUAUGUAGUAUAUUCUGUACUGCUAAAACCACUUAAAAUAAAUAAUAUUUCGUAGAACUCACUAAAAUUAGUAUUGCUCCAAUUUUAAUAGUUUUUGAAAACUCGAAACAGUUCUAGCACAAAUAUUUUUUCUCGAUACUUUGCUUUUUUGGUUUAUGACACUCUUUGGGCGGAGCUACGAUAUGUGUAGGUAUAUGUUUAAGUUUUUUUUAAUUUUCAACUAGUAAAUAAUAUGCUUUUAUUUGUGUUAAUUUUUGAUCUGCUAUUAUUUGUUGGGUCGCCUAUUAUCGGGCUUUUUAUUAUUUCUGUAAGUAGAGGACAAAUUUAAUUAUUUGCCUGUCUGUUUUGCACAGUGUUCGCAAAGUUCAACGAAACGGAAAAUAUUUUUUCUCUUUUCGUCCCGUAACUUGGCGGAAAUACUUAAUUUCGGGUACCUCAAAAUAAAAUACAGUUGGGUCCAUUGUUCUUUACCCGUUCGUCAUCAUUUAAAGCAUUCGGAAUCGAAAUAAGUCGGAAAUUCACUCCACGCAACAGCAAGUGAUAAAGUGGCUACUGCUACAAUCACGGAUUAUAUUAUAAAAUUUGACGUUAUCAAAUAGAAUGUAAAAGGUUAGUUUUGUUUUAAAAAUUUUGGUGCAGAAUGACAGCUACAUUUGAAGUAGCGUAAUAAAUUCUUUUAAAAUCAUUACUUUACUUUUACUUUACUCCUCUUGAUUCCAUUUGGAACAUAGGGCCUCUACAGUCCCCCUCCAUUCAUCUCUGUUUCUGGCCAGGGCUUUCACUUCUUUCCAUGUUAACCCAUUGUCUUCUAGCUCUCUGGUAAUAUUUCUUUUCCAGGAUGUCAUUGGUCUGCCUUGUUUUCUUUUUCCAGUUGGUUGGUAAUCCAGCGCUUGUUUGGUUAUAUCAUCUUCAUUUUUCCUUAAUGUGUGUCCAAUAAACUUCCAUUUACGUCUAUUUAUCGUUUUGGCUAUCGGCUCUUGAUUAGUUUUUCUCCAAAGUUCCGUGUUACUUAUCCGAUUUGGCCAAUAUAUUUGCAAUAUUCGUCUAAGGCAUCUAUUUACAAAUGUUUGAACCUUUUUUAUAAUCUUUUUCUCUAUUUUCCAAGUUUCUGCUGCAUAUAGCAAAAUGCUCUUUACAUUUGUAUUAAAUAUCCUGAUUUUGGUUUUGGUUGUUAAUUUAUUGGACUCACAUGUUUUCUUCAGCAUAUAGAACGCAUUUUGGGCUUUAGUUAUCCUUCCAUUAAUUUUCUCUUCUAUUCCACCGCUAGCGUCAAUUAUGCUUCCCAGAUAGCAAAACUUCUGUACAUUUUCUACUUCUCCUUCAAUGAAUAUACCCAUUUCUCUUUCCGUAUUUAUCUUCAUAAGUUUGGUUUUUCUUGUGUUAAUCUCUAGUCCUAUUUUUCUUGCUUCUUUUGUCACCUUUUCUGUUUUUUUCUGCAUAUGUUGUCUUUUUUCGGGCACCAGACAUAUAUCAUCUGCAAAGUCUAGAUCUUCAAGCUGACCGAAAGCAUUCCAUCUAAUUCCUGUUUUAUUUUUCGUUGCCUUCUUCAUGACCCAGUCGAUUAAGAUCAAAAAUAUGGUUGGAGAUAGAAUACACCCCUGUCUGACUCCACUGUCUAUGUUGAUUGAUAGUUUUCAUAGAACAUUUUGAUAAUUCUUAUGUAUUUUAAUGGAAUUCCAUAUCUCUUCAAUAUUUCCCACAUUUUUUCUCUGUUAAUCCGGUCAAAGGCUUGUCUAAAGUCAAUGAAAUUUAUAUAGAUUUUGCUCUGCCAUUCUAUUGUUUGUUCUACAAUGUUUCUUAAUGUGUUAAUAUGAUCUGUGCAUGCUUUAUUACUUCUGAAGCCCGCUUGGUUUGGUCUUAACAACUGGUAAAUAGUUUCUUUCAUUCUUUCUAGUAUCAUCCUUGUCAUGACUUUACUCACUGUAGAAAGUAGUGUUAUUGCUCUCCAAUUGUUGCAAUUCGUUUGAUCUCCCUUCUUGGGUAUCUUUACCCUUUUUUCCAAUCAUCAGGUAUUCUCUCCUCCUGCCAUAUUCUGUUUAUUAGUACAUACAGGAUUUCUUCCGAUGUUUCUCUAUCUGCUUUCAGUAGUUCUGUGGUAAUGUUUAAAAUCAUUAGUGGUUAAUAAAUAAAUGUGCCAUUUAAUUCAUUCAUUCCUUAACUGUGUGAAUGAGGUUAACUUUGUAUGUAAAUUAAUGGCAAAAUAAAAUACACUUACCAUAAAAUUUUAAACUUCAAUAUGAAAUUAAUUGUGAAAACGACUACUGUUUCUGUAAUAUAAAUAACUUCUAAAUGCAAAAACAGCAAAAAAUCCAACAAACUGACAGUCACAAGUAAACAAACCAGAAACGACACAAAUUGUACUUAAAAUCUGAAAGCGUCCCCAAGCGUCUUUUUUGUACGUAUCUCUUACCGAUGUACUGAAACUAGAGCGUUCAUAAAAAUAAGAUGUGUCUUAAUAACAGGUGGUAGUUGUUUUAUGUUUAGUUUCAUGCGGGUUAGACAAUGAUGCUAGAUAAAAAGUAUGUGUUUUAUCUCGCCAGGUAUUAAUGGCGCACGGAUAAAGAACUAUGCACUCAACUGUGAGUGUAAUAAACUUCUGAAAGUUUAAACAAUUCUGUUAGUAAAUAAGUUAAAAGUUUAAAAUGGUGUUUAUCAUUAUUUGAUAAUCAACAUGAUAAAGUAUAAUCAGCAUGUUGGAACUUGACCUAAUAUUAUUUUUUUUACGAAAAGUUUUUUAUUGUUCAUUAAAAGAUUUAUGUGAAUUAUUA